GACACACCCGCCCCUCGCCCGUCUCUAAGCAGGAUGCCCCGUCGGCCGUCGUUUCCUGUCACUCCGCGAUUCGCAGGCGUCUGCGCCCCGCCGGGCGCGCCGCUCCGCGGGAGGCGCUCGUCGCUUUGGCAGUUAGAGCCCUUAGAGCGCGUCCCUCUCGGAAACGUAAAACCUCCUCAGAGCCUAACGCAGCGGGCCUCUGGCCCCGGCCCGGCGUCUCCAAUUUCAUAGGCGGACCGAAUAGAUCUCCACAGGAGAGGAAAUUCAACAUGGCCGACGCGCUUGUGCGACCCAAACCUUCUGGAAGGUUCUCGCGCCCUCGCAGGGGAAACGAGCCGUGAUCUGCGCGGAGUAGCAAGUACAACCCAGGUGGCGCUGGACCUUCCGUGACCAUAGCCGUGCCUUAGGAGUGAGGAGAGGAUGUGUCUUUGUGUCGUUAAUAAGAGUCUGUGAAUUUAGAAACGGAGAAAUUGUUCUAGAAUAAGGGAACCGAUUAUUCUAAAAUUUCAAAGAACAGCUUUCUGUGGAGAGAAGGAAAAGUGAAAAAAAAAAUCCACAUUUUCGUGUAAAAGCAAUCUUUUGGAACAGCGUAUUUGAGGCGGGGGUGGUGCGCAUGCCAUCUCUAACUGGUUAUCGAUGUAAAAGAACUUUGGUUGAUAUGGGGAGAUUCCAGUAUUAAAGACGUAACUUGUAAGUUUAGAAAAUUGCUUAUCACUAACUCAGUAGCUCUUUUUUUUUUUUUUUUUUUUUGAAGCUUCUAUUAAUCGACCAAUGAAACGGGAACAAAAUGAAACGGGAAUACUCUCCAGUAGCGUGUUUUAAGUUGUGCACUUUGUGGUUAGUGGAUGUAUAAUAAGUGGUGAGAAAAAAAAAAAAACGUUAAUGGGUCUCUGCGGAAGGAAAAGGAAGAAGAACGCAUGGAAGUUAUGAUGUAAAAUUCGUGGAAGAGGAUUCAUGAAGAAAAUCAAACUGCCGAGGUUUAAUUCUAGCUUCAUGAGGCUAAUUUAUGCAAUUGAAUUUUUUGGACCCUGGUAUGUUGGGGUAUGCUAAAGUAAACAAGAAAAUGGAUGGGAUUGCCCAAGAGAGCAUAUAAUUCUGAUGUUUCAGGCUGCAUGUACCAAGUAGUUCAGACGGUUGGCUCGGAUGGAAAAAAUCUUCUGCAAUUACUUCCAAUUCCUAAUUUCUCUGGAAAUCUUAUACCACUAGUUCAAUCUUCAGUUAUGUCUGAUGCAUUGAAAGGGAAUACAGGAAGCCCAGUUCAAGUUACUUUUCAGACUCAGAUUUCCAACUCUUCCACAAGCGCAUCAUCACCUCAAUUGCCCAUUUUUCAGCCAGCCAAUUCUUCAAACUAUUUGUUUACAAGAACAGUAGAUACAGCAGAAAAAGUUAGAGUCACUUCUGUGAGACCUGAAAAUUUUACCUCAUCAGUUUCUAAAGUUCAGAGUCAUGGUGUGAAAAUUGAUGGACUCACCAUGCAAAGAUUGGCUGUUUCUUCCUCCUCAAAACAAAAUGACUCAUCUUACAUUUUAGUGAGUCCUCAGAGUCUUCCAAUGACUGUGAAAUCUCCAGUUUUGCCUUCUGGGCAUCAUUUACAAAUUCCAGCCCAUGCUGAAGUGAAAUCUGUACCAGCGUCGUCAUUGCCUCCUUCAAUUCAGCAAAAGCUUCUUGCAGCUUCAACCACAAGCACCUCAGGAACAGUUGAGGCCUCCCAAAUACCAUCUGUUAUUUACGUAUCUCCUGUAAAAACAGUGAAAAAUGUAGUUACCAAGAACUUUCAACACAUUUAUCCAAAACCUGUUACAGAAAUAGCAAGGCCAGUGAUACUAAAUACCACACAAAUUCCAGUGAAUGUUGCUAAAGAGACACAAUUAAAAGGUGGUGGUCAGCAUGCUCAAGCUGCUCCAGUGAAAUGGAUUUUUCAAGAAAAUCGACAGCCUUGUACUCCACCUCUUGUUCCUGUUAAGUCUUCAAAUAAUGUGGCUUCACAGAUUUUAAAAAGUUUUGUAGAAAAGAAAAAUUUGGGAGAUAACACUAUAAAUGUGCCACCAUUGAGUACCAUCAGUCAUAGUGGGACACAGCCCAAAAGUAUGCCUAUUAAGGAUAAUGCUUUGGUUAUGUUUAAUGGGAAAAUCUAUCUGUUGGCUAUAAAGGGAACAGAUGUUUUGCCAUCACAAAUUGAUCAACAGAAUUCGGUUUCUCCUGAUAUUCCACCAAGAAAAGAUGUAUCACAAAUAGUGAGUUCAAGUCCAGUCACAGAAAUAUCCAGAGAGGUUGUAAAUUUUGUUUUGGCUAAAAAUAAAUCUUCCCAGAUGGAGACAAAAUCACUUUCAAAUACCCAGCUUGCUUCCAUGGCCAAUCUAAGGGCAGAGAAGAAUAAAAAAGUGGAGACAACAUCUCUUUCUAUCCUAAACCCACAUAAACUGAACCCAUCCAUAAACUACUUAAAACAGAGUAAGACUUUAUUCAUAAAGGCAGACUUUCCACAUGCCCCCCCAAAAGAAAAUAUCAUCCAGAGCAUAGAGAAAAUAAGUUCCUCUGUUGAUGCAACAAGUAUUACUUCACAACAGUGUGUUAUCAGAGAUCAAGAACCAAAGAUCCAGAAUGAGAUGGCAUCAACAUUAGAAAAAGUUAUUCAAGAAAGAAAUGAGAAGAAAAAUUCUCAAGGAAGGAGCAAUAAGGCGUAUCUGAAGACCGAUGCUGAGUUGAAAAAGCUGUUUGGUCUCACUAAAGAUUUGAGAGUAUGCCUUACUCGGAUUACUGACCACUUGGGCACUGGAGAAGGUUUUGACUCCUUUGGGAGUUUGGUGAAGAGUGACAAAGAAACAAAGUUUACAGGGAAAGAGGAAGAGAGGAAACAGGGUUUUGAUAAGAAAAGAAAAUCAAAAAUUGUUAAGAUGGAUCACACAAAGAAGAGGAAAACCGAGAGUGCUUAUUAUAACACAACUGCAAAUGGAGGAACUAAUGUCACCGGUUCCCAACUCAGUUAUAUUCUACCACCUUCAGAUGUAUCACACCAUAACAUUGUCACAAGCUGCAAUAAGACCAGGGAAGAAAAGAGAACUGAAGUACAACACCAUGCACGUGAGAACCAGGAGAAAGAUGCCUUGAGUUUAAAUGCAGAUUUUGAACAAAGUCAUUCCUUUAGUAAAAAUUAUACUGAAGAUAUUUUUCCCAUGACACCACCAGAGUUAGAAGAAACCAUUCGAGAUGAAAAAAUAAGAAGACUUAAGCAGAUGCUGAGAGAGAAAGAAGCAGCCCUUGAAGAAAUGCGCAAGAACAUGCACCAAAAAUAAAAUGAAAUGUUUUCAAUGAAUUUGCUUUCUCUUUACCAUAUACUUUUGCAUUAAGUUAACUGUAGAUGCGUUCUGAAAGUGUCUUUGAAUAUGAAAUUUGUUUUUUCAUCAGUUGAUUAGAAAAUGUUGUUUAAGGAAUGCAGAAAAGGUUGACUCACAUACCUCUCUGAUCCAAAUCUUUGGAAUAAUCUAUAUGUGAAAUCUAAAUCUUUGUUUAACCUUUUUUUUUUUUUUUUGAAGGAAAGAUAGUCUAUUUUUUGUUAUUUUUAACUAGAAUUCCCCAAGUUUGAAUAUUUAUGCAUGAUUUUUGUUAUUGUUUGUAUCCUUUUUUUAAAUUAAAUUUUUUAUUUUUAUCCUCACUUGAGGAUAUGUGGGUUUUUUUUUUUUUUUUUUAUUUGAUUUUAGAGAGGAAGGGAAAGAGUGAGGCAGAAAUAUCAGUUGCUUCCAGUAUGUGUCUGGUCCAAGGAUGGAACCCACAGUCUGGGUAUAUGCCCUGACCAGGGAUUGAACCUACAACCCUUUGGUGUAUGGGAUGAUGCUCCAACCAGCUGAGCCACCCAGCCAGAGCUGUUGUUUAUGUAUUUAGCUAAAUUGCUCAGGUGUUAUUCCAACAAUAGAUAAUUAUUAUAUACUAUUGAAAUUAUAUGGUCUAAGAGAGGAAGUCAGCUCUAAACUUAGCGUUGUUGCUAGGCUUGUAUAUAUACUCAGUCUUUACCCAUGAAGUGAUGAUACCUUCUGCUCACCAUUGUAAUUUUUUUUUAAUUUCAUGAAAGGUAUUAAGCAGCAGCAUUUAAAAAUUUAAACAUUUCUAAAGACUGAGGAACACUUGUUUUGUAACUUUUACAUGAUAGUUUCAUAUAAUCCAAAAUGAGUUUUAGAAUUCAGGCUAUAUAACGUAGUAUUUGCUUAAUGUGAUGUUACUAUUUCUAGGUAAAUGCUUUUUUUUAUGACUAUAGACAUGUGACUUGGACUGUGAAAAAUAAAUGUGAACAAUGGCCACAUUUAAUACCUUUUAAAAAUGUAAAGUGUGGCUUUUCUUAAAAGAGACAAACAGUUUUUUGUCUGGUUAUGUUUGGUUUGGAGAGUUUGGAAGUGGUGGAGAGAGAGGGAUGAAGGGGAAGGAAGAAAAGGUUAUUUUAAAAAA